CCCCCAGGGAAGCUCUUCAUGCUGCCAACAUGUGGAGCUCCCCGGGGCCCCUCUGGGCGGUUGUGAUGCUGGUUGUGACCGCUGUGCACGCGGGGGUGAAGGUGACCCCAGAUGUGAAGUACACCAAGACAAAGCCCUCACAGCUGGUGGGCCACGACCCCUCUCACACCACCCUGGGACCCCUCACGGCAGCACCAGGCAGAGCCAAGUUACCCACCCUGAGCCCUGCAGCCCCAGGGUCCACCACGCUCUUCCCCUUUGAGAACUACACACUGGACACAGCUGAUUUCUUCUUCAACUGCUGCGACUGCUGCCCAGCUGCUGUGGGGCCCCAGGGACUGCCAGGGGAGCCAGGACCCCCAGGUCCCAAGGGUGAGAAAGGAGAUGUUGGUCUGCAAGGUCUGCCAGGAACUCCAGGUCCUCAGGGUCCAAAAGGUUCUAAAGGAGAAAGAGGAGGCAAAGGGGAGCAAGGGGAGCGAGGAUUAAGCGGAAGCCCCGGUUAUCCAGGCAAACCUGGGCUGCAAGGUGAAGCUGGAGCAAAAGGCAGUAAGGGCAGCUACGGCUUCCCCGGACUGAAGGGACAAAAGGGGUCCAAAGGGGACACUUGUGAGAAUGGGACCAAAGGAGACAAGGGAGACAGGGGGGAUGCUGGAGACCCAGGAGUGGAUGGAGAACAGGGUGACAAAGGGGAGAAGGGAGACACAGGGGAGAAGGGGUACUGUGGGGAGCCAGGGGGGAGAGGUGCAAAGGGGGAGAGAGGGGAAGGGGGGAUGAAGGGAGAGAAAGGCAGCAAAGGGGAGAUGGGAGCUGAGGGUGCUCAGGGGCUGGAUGGAAAACAAGGAGAAAAAGGAGAGAGAGGAAGUAAGGGUGAAAAAGGGGACCUGGGACCUGCUGGCAUGAUGGGACCUUCUGGACCUAAGGGGGUUGCUGGCAGCAAGGGGGUUCGAGGGGCCCCGGGAAAGAAAGGCUCCCGCGGGCUGAAGGGCGCCCGAGGGGACACGGCCAAGGUUCUGCGGUCGGCGUUCAGCGCCGGCUUGUCCAAGCCCUUCCCUCCUCCCAACGUCCCCAUCAGAUUUGACAAGAUCUUGUACAACGACCAAGAAGAUUACAACCCUUCCACGGGGAAAUUCAACUGCAGUGUGCCCGGAGCCUACGUCUUCUCCUACCACCUGACGGUCCGGGGGCGUCCGGCCCGUGUCAGCCUCGUCGCCCGCAGCAGGAAGGUGGCCAGAGCCCGGGAGACACUCUACGGCCAGGAGAUUGACCAGGCAUCCUUCCUGACUGUUCUGAAGCUGAGUGCAGGUGACCAGGUGUGGCUGGAGGUGGCACGAGACUGGAACGGGGUCUACGUCAGCGCGGAGGAUGACAGCGUCUUUACGGGGUUUCUUCUGUAUCCAGAUGUUUUUGAGAUCCUGCUGUAGAUUUAAAGGGCAAAGGUGGUGCUGAGAAACUUGCCUUUCCCUCUGCCUGUGAGAGGAGAAACCAGCAUCAGUUUAGCAUAUCGAUUUAGUUGUUAGUUUUUUU